AUGCGUCGCUACCAUCUGUUGCCAAUCCUCACUUCUUCUGCUGCUGCUGCUGCUGCUGCUGUUGUUGGUGGUGGUGGUGGUGGUGGUAGCAGUGCUGUUCCUCGCAAGGCCCACUGGCGUACAGCUAGCUGUGCACUGCGGCACAACAGCAGCAACAGCACCAGCAGCAGUUUCGGCAACGUGGAGGAGGCCAUGAAGACGUCGGGCUUUCAGUUCUCCACCCCCAACUUCUCCGUGGAUGGCACGAAGGACAUGGACGCCGCCGAGCUCGUGCAGGACCUGCAGACGAGUCCCGUGACGCGCCUUGACUUCGUGCGGGACAUGUAUGGCCCGUGGCUCGUGCUGACGGAGGAGCUACAGGGGGAGCUGUUCAUCGACCACGACAGGAUGGUGUACCUGCGACCGGCCAACGGCCUCGGCUUCGGCGUCGGCCGCAUCGACGUCGCCGACGCGUGCGCGACGGGCAUCGCCUUCACGCUGCAGCUGGAGUCCUACACGUACCCCGUGACGGCGGUGCAGCCGCCAUCCACAACCAGCGCGGUGGAGGUGACGGGCCUCGUGAAACGCGUGCACGCCAGCGCCGGCGACUACGCGACGUUCUCGCUCGUCGCCACGUGGCGGAAGAAGGAUGGCAAGAGCGGCAACUUCAACGCGGCGAAACUCUCCCCGUGGGACCCUGCCACGAACGCGAAGCCGUGGGAGCCAAAGGCGGAACUGAAGCAGAUCUUCGAGCAGGUGUUCCCCAAGCCGCUGAAACUCACAUCACACAUCAAGCGGAUGCAGGCUGCGCGAGAGACGAGCAAUAGCAGUGGUAAUAGUGAUGCCGGAGGCAACACCGCCUCUCUUGCUGCUCCGUAUCACAUGUCUCUGGAUCAGUACCGUGUGGGGAGUGUUCCUGAUAUCUAUUACAUUCCCAACUACAUUUCAGAGGAGGAAGAGGAGCAAAUAUUAGAUCUCGUGCGGGACACGCCGAACGAACUCAAGACGCACCUCACCAAACGAACAGCACAGGAGUGGGGAUGCACCAUGUGUGAUGUGUGCAAUAAGAGUUUUGUGGCAGACCGAAACAUGCCGCCGUGGGUGGAUGCGUGCAAUGACAUGCUGCUGCACGACGGCAUCUUCACCCCGAGCACGUUCCCCAACAGCGUUCGCGUGCAUGAGUACAGUGUCGGUGAAGGCAUCGCCGCACACUGCGACGGCCCUAUUUACUUCCCAGUCGUUUCUGUCCUGUCACUCAGUUCGCCGUGCGUCAUGUUCUUCUACGCGCGGCGGGAGCCGCACACACAGCCAAUGGAGCACUACAACGACACCUUCCGCUUCACCGAAGGCAUUUCGACGGAGCGGCCGAUACAAUCCGUCGUGCUGGAGCCACGCUCGCUGCUGUUGUUCCGCGGUGAGGCGUAUCACUACUACCCACAUGGCACCUCUGACCGCGCCAUCGACGUGCUGACGCCCGAGCUCGCGGGGGAAGUGGUGAACCGCCACCUGCUGAAGGAUAAGGACGUUACAGAGGUGCGGAGGGAGCACCGCGUCAGCAUCACAACGCGCAACCUGCUGCCGCGCUGCAACCACCAGCCUAGUCGCACCGAGUAUGGCAUGAAGCGUGCGUGGUACAUCUAUAACCAGCUGCCGGUGCCGGAGCCGCUCGUGACACCCGCCCCGCCGCAUGCGGGGGCGACGACAGCGCCAGCACCAACACCAACAGUAAGAGCACCAGCAGCGAAGCCGAUGGAAGAGCCCCUGCCGUCGGCCAGGACGGCUCUCGCGGGCGACAGGUUGGUAGAACUCGAAAACAAGGUAGACCAGCUGCUCCAUAAGCAGACGGCUCUUGAGCGGCAGGUGGGCGAAAUGCAGCAGCUGAUGGCGGCAGAGGCNACAAGGUAG